AUGGUCUAUCGAUCCUCGUCAGACGACUGCUUCCGGCCAUCGCCGCUUCAACACCGCAGGCUACACAGGCAGACUGGAGGUGAUAUACAAGAGGGGCAGCACAGGUCACCUACGUUGUCAGUCCGCGGUCACCGAGGUCCACCGUGGAGAGUCACACUAGACCCGGCUCUUCUCGGCCGAAUGCAAUCUUCGACUUCGCCCGGGCGCGCGUAUACGUUUGACGCUUAG